UGAUGCUGCCACUACGCCAUGAGCGAUGGCCUCGCAGCUCAAAACGUGGCCUGCGCCACUGUACACUUGUACCCUCCCCCUCGCACUCGUCUUGCAUCACCCCACUGAUGGAGCGCGUUGAUAAUAAUUGAUAGGCAUUGCCUAUGCCUGCCUCCUCGUCUUCCUUUUCGAUUUCCUCCAAAGUUUUUUAUAGUCACGCACACGCUAAUUAAUUAUCAGUGUAUUUAUUUCACUCGCAUCUCUCUCACUCACUCUCUCAAGUCUCGCUCUCGCUCCCAGCUCGCCUGCUCUUUUCAUUCUUAUCCCCUCGCCUCUCUCCACCUCCCCACCUGUAGUUUUCUCCUCCCCGUCCUCGUCCUUGUCCCCGUCCUCCCGGCCAGGGGCAAAAUUAAACAGCCAAGGCGUUCCCGGCAAUCUUGGUGGCCUGGUGGGGUGUCCUCUGCAGCGAGAACGGUGGUGGACCUGGGCCAGAGGCAGGGAGGGAAGGGAUGGAGGCGGUGGUGAACGUCAAGUACAGGCCGGCCAUGUUCCUGAACGGCGCCGCGGGUGCGGCGGCGGUCGCCAAGAAGAUGCGGCCCGCGGCGGCGGCGUGGGGCGCAGGCGAGGCGGGGGUGUACCGGGAGUGCCUCAAGAACCACGCGGCGAGCCUGGGCGGGCACGCCCUGGACGGGUGCGGCGAGUUCAUGCCGACGCCGGAGGCCGACCCCGCCGACCCGGCCUCGCUCCGGUGCGCCGCCUGCGGGUGCCACCGUAACUUCCACCGCCGGCUCCCCGAGGCGCCGCCCUCGCCGCCCCUCCUCGCGCUGCCUCCGCCUCUUCCUCCCGCGCAGCCGGCUCCGGCGCUGCAGCACGUGAUGCGUGAGGCGCCGGAGGACCGCCUGCCGGCCGCCUUCGACGACGACGAGACCGACGAGUCGGACGAGGGGUCGGACUUCGACGAGGAUCGCCCGCUGUCGCCGCUGCCGGCGCCGGCGAUGGGGCCGCCGGGAUACCUCCAGCCGGCGCCGCACAUGCUCCUCGCGCUGAGCACCGGCGCGCCGGGCGCCUCGAUCCCCGCGGUGGUGCCGAGGCCGCCGGCCUCCCUGGGCCCGAUGCCGGCGCCAGGCGCCGCUUCGGCGGCGGCGCGGAAGCGGUUCCGCACCAAGUUCAGCCCGGAGCAGAAGCAGCGGAUGCAGGCGCUGUCGGAGCGGCUGGGGUGGCGGCUGCAGAAGCGCGACGAGGCGGUGGUCGAGGAGAGCUGCCGCGAGAUCGGCGUCACCAAGGGCGUCUUCAAGGUCUGGAUGCACAACAACAAGCACAACUUCGUCGGCGGCCACAGCGCGCGCCGCAGCGCCUCGGCCGCCGCCGCCACCGGCGCCGCACCACCGAUCCUCCCUCCGCCCCACGCCGCCGCCGUCCACCCUUCCGCCCCCGCCGCCCCCGCCGCACCACCUCCCCCGCCGCCCGCGCCCGUCCACGCUGACUUCAACAUCAACGGCGCCGCCUCCGCCGCCGACUACUUCCGCGUCCAGCCGGCGACAGCGACGGCGAGCGGCGGCUCCCCGCAAUCCUCCUAGUCAAAAGACUUAGUGCUAAUCGGUCGUGUCUGAUUAAUAACCAACCCUAAUGCUAAUGGCGGAUGCAUGGCGCUAGUGAAGCUUGCUGGUCUUUGUUAAUGGUGGAGCCCAAGAAAGAUCCUACCGCAGAGCGUGGGCUUUCGGGAUCUGAUGAUGUAAUGAUUCAGGAUUAGCGCUGAUGAUGAGUACAGUUAGUAGCGAGUGGUAGUAGACCGGUAGCUGUCGUAGCAGUUGUUCUUGAGCUGUAGAUGAUGGUCGGAUGUGCUUGUCUCCAUCUAGGAUCUCAUGCUGUUCUUGUCAUCUUUAAUGGAUAUAUUAAAAAAAAUGCAAGCUCUCUUCUUUCUCC